GUCAGCAGCCGUUUUUCAUACCCACGUGAUUCGAGUCAGAUGACCUAGUUGAUGGAUAGCAGAGAAAAAAAUAUAAUACUAGAUCUGGUUGAAAGUGAAACGUUAUGUUUCUUAUUUCUAAUGUGAAUAUUAACUUAAUUGUUCCUUUCGUUGGUAUGGAUGGCCAAGACCAUGUCUAUACAGAAGAUGCAGGCUAGCCUCUACCUGACCCUGGUGCUGGGGUCAGUGGCUGUAGCAGUGUAUUUCAACAUUGACGAUGACCCGGACCAUCAAAAACGGAACCCCUACGACAUUUAUGAUUACAGGAAUCAUUCCUGCAGACGACCAUGCGAGAAUGGAGCGCCUUCUAUGACCUGCCGGUACUACUUUCUCCUUGAGCUCUACGCCUCAAUGUCCACUGCAUGCUAUGGAUGUCCACAGAACAAGAGCCACUGCUCACUUCCACAGUGUGUGCCUGCUGAUGGUACAGUGAGGGGGAUUCUCACAGCUAACCGAAUGAUACCUGGUCCUAACAUUUUUGUGUGCAAAGGAGACCAAGUUGAAGUUGUCGUUGAUAAUCGCAUGGGGCUGGGAGAAGGAACCAGCAUCCACUGGCAUGGCAUGAGGCAGCAUGGAACACCACACAUGGAUGGUACCAAUCUAAUUACCCAGUGUCCGAUACACAGCUGGUCAACCAUGAAAUACAAUUUCUUGGCCUUAGAUUCCGGCACACACUUCUGGCACUCCCAUUCCUCAAUGCAGAGAGCGGAAGGUCUGUUUGGAGGCCUGGUGGUCCGUGAUCCCAAAGAUCCUCACCGACACCUGUAUGAUGAGGAUUUGUACGAACACUAUAUCAUACUGACCGACUGGACAAAGAGAAUGUCCGGAGAGUCAUACGCCCAGGAUUUCCACGGUGGACACACAACUGAUAUUCACAGCAUCCUGGUUAAUGGUUUGGGAAAGACAAACAACAAUGUUCACUUACCCUACCCAGAAUUCCAAGUCCAGCCUGGUAAAAGGUUUAGGUUUCGAAUGGUGUACAAUGGUGUCCUGAACUGUCCAAUAUUUGUGACCAUCGAUGACCACCCGAUGCUAGUCAUUGCCUCCGAUGGGGAGAACUUUGAGCCCAUUGAGGUAGACGCUCUCAUGAUCUAUGGCGGCGAAAGAUUUGACUUCAUUUUACAGGCCAAAGAGAAUGUGACAGAAGUCUUUUGGAUAAGAUUUAAAGGUCAUGGUCGAUGUCUAGCAACGGACGUUUUUCAGGCAGCAGUGCUCAAGUAUGAACGAGCUCAACUUGACACACCACAAGAAGAAGCAACAUUCAAUAACACCAUUGAACUGAAGGCAAAAAGGGUUUUAAAUAUGAGAGGUGGACCUACACAGAAAAGUUAUGACAUCGUAGAAAUGAACGCGUUGCCGGACAAUCAAAACAAUGAUGUGCUCACUGCAAAACCAGACAAACAAUUUUAUAUCUCCAUUGGAGCAAGUGAGAUUGUUGACGCCAGAUUUGAUCCUCCCCACGCCCCAUCACUCUCCAGGAAAAUAGAAGCAGACGUCAGGCCAUUUAAUCACCAGCUGAAUUACAUUUCUUCUCGUUUCCCGCCUUCUCCUCCACUGUUCCAGUUUGACAGUAUUCCUAAGGAUCUCCUUUGCAACAACGCCACCAUGGCACGAGACUGCAGCCAGGAGCUGUGUGUGUGCACCCACAUGUUAAGUUAUCAGCUUGGCGACGUGGUUGAGUUAAUCCUGGUGUCUUACAAAGACACUUUAGUGCACCCAAUGCACAUGCACGGUCAUUCCUUCUACGUUACUACAAUGAAACGAUUUGGUCGACCUAUAACCGUGAAAGAGAUCAAAGAACUGGACAAAAAAGGUCUGAUACCGAGGAAGAAGUCAAGAGUGCCUCGCAAAGAUUCCGUCCCUGUCCCAGAGGAAGCUGUGACAAUCAUUCGAUUUAAGGCAGAUAACCCUGGGUUUUGGCUGUUUCACUGCCAUAUUGAGUUUCACGCAGAGCUUGGAAUGUUUUUAAUCCUCAAAGAAGGAAAUACUCACCAAAUGCCCAGCAUGCCUGAGGAUUUCCCCAGCUGUCAAAACUGGAAACCUACCAAAGACUCUAGCCCAGGGCAGCUCAGUGACCAGCAAGGUGGACUAAAUAGAACUGGGUCACAUUACAAAUCUUCACCAGAAGUCAUGUUUACUCUGGGCGUGGUCAUGAUCUGCAUAGCAGUGGUCAGUUUAAGCCUAAUGCUGUUUGUGUCUUUGUAUAAGCGAGGAGUUAUCCCCACAUGCAAGCCAGUGCUACUUAAAGAGACUCACAGCUACCAAAGCAUUUAGUGAUGAAGAUUACUUUACCUCUAGGAAUUUAAAACAAUAUUAGACUGUUGACAGAUGUCACUGUAAAUGUGUAAAAUGUGUAAACUAUAUAAUUAUCAAAGAGUCUUGACAGAAGAUUUCUUAAUCUCUAGGAAUUUAUUUAAGACAAUAUUAAACUUAGGCCUAAUCGACAGAUGUUUCUGUAAAUGUGUAAAAUGUGUAGACUAUAUAAUCAUCAAUGAGUCUUGACAGAAGAUUUCUUUAUCUCUGUGAAUUUAAGAUAAUACUAAACUUAUCAACAGAUUUCUCUGUAAAUGUAUAAAUUAUAUAAUCAUCAAAGUGUCUUGACAGAAACUAGUUGCAGUUAUAGCCAAAUACUAUUCAAACUCUUUGACAGUUAUUUUUUUACUUAUAAGUGGACUCUUAAAGCAAUUUAAACUUACAAUUCAUUCUGUAGUGAAAUGUACAAAUGUGUAGAAUGUAAGCUGAAGACUUAAUGUCAGUCUUUAUAUAAAAACUUUCAAGACACAAUACUGGCGUGCACAUUUUCAAAUGUUAAGCAAUGAUGUUAUUUGGAAUGAAUGAAAAGUUAUCUUUACAAAUAUUCUAGAAGUUUUAGACCAUAUUUAGUUCACUGUUAAACAAUGUUAUUAGUUUGUGACAGCCUGAUGGUGUUAAUCCUAUGAUAUUUUCUAAAAUACUAUCAUAACUAAAAAAAACCUCACUAUACAAACUAUUGAUUUAUUUUUAAAAUUAGCGUGUUUGUUGCUAAUACCAAAGAAAUUUACAAAUAUACUAUACCAAAUUAGAUAAUACUCUACUAAUUUACUAGUACUAAUAUUUCACACUGUUAUAGCCUUCACUUCUUGCUAAAAAAAAAAGUUCAAAGGUGAGAGCAGGCCUAACAACAAUAUUGCAAACAAAAAUCACUAAAUAGUCAUAAAUUUGGCUUAUCUAGUGAGUGAUUCUGUACAACUGUAAACAGACAAAUAUAAAACUAAUUUGAGUGAAUGCUUCCUACUAUCUCCUUUUUAUUUCAUGUCAGGUAGAAUGUUUGGUGAGUGCCAUGCAAAUCAACAUGAAAGUAUUGACAUUUGAAAUGCUCUCUUCAGAACACAUUUCUCUAUGCACAAGACCCCGCACCCUGCAUGCUCUGCAUACAGGACCCACUCCCCACACACAGCUAAUGCUUCUACCGGUGAUUAUUUUUUUGAAAUUAUCAUUCCAUGAAAACUGAAUAUUAGAGAAUACUAACACAGGUGAAUAUUCAUUGGCUAUAUGGUGGUCAAUAAAAUCAGGGCUUGUUUGUUUUACUUAAUCAAUGAACCAAAUAGUACAUGAAAGUACCGGUAUUAAAAAAUUUUUUUAAAGAAAUUUUUUAGAAAUUAUUAAAAAUGUUUUAAUUUUAAUUAAUUUAGCUAAGUGAGAUUUUGUUCUGUUUAAAGAUUAUUCAUGAUUAAACUCCAUGAUUAUA